AUGCCUUGCAAGAACGUGUCAGCUCAUGUGCAUGCCGAUAUGCGCGGGUUCCGUAGAACCUGUUCAUGCACGAAAUCUCGUGCAGCUAUGGUUGAGAACGUCGCCAGGAGAACUACCAAAGUCGCAUUGUUACUGUCGGCCGUUGUGGUUGUAUCCACUCUUAUGGCUGUGGAUGGUACCGUUCCCUGGGAAGCAGCAAUGUUGUUGUGUACAGUUACUUGUGACCCCCGCGUUGCAGACGAAGAAUCCAGACAUCCAUCAAGUCAAAAUAGCCAAUACAAAAUCGUUCAUCGGAGAGAACCGGUGAAUGUAGUGUUCUUUCCAAGCGAGCUACACAUCCUCUUGCGCGCUGUACUCGAGUGA